AUGGAUGUAAUGAAAAGACAUCAGAGAAACAUACAUGGUUAUCUAACAACACCACCACAAAAAGACAGCCAGCCGCCGCCGCCGCCGCCGCCGCCGCCGCCGCUGCAGGAGAGUAGUAAUGUGUAUUCGCCGCCGCCGCCGCCGCCGCAAGAAGGCAGUCAUGCGUAUCCACUGUCGCAUCAGGGCAGUCAUGCGUAUCCACCGCCGCCGCCGCAGAAGUCAUCCUAUAUAGACGUUAUGAAGCAGUCUGUAUAUGAUGUAUUACCCCAGCAGCAGCAGAAUUUCGUUUUCAUACAUCCCUUUACUGCAAACGUAUCGGGGCCCACUUCUUGUGGGAAGACUUACUUUGUCAAGUUACUGCUACAAAACUGCUUGACCAAAAUAAAACCAGCUCCACAACGAAUUAUAUGGCUGUACAAACGAUGGCAACCUCUCUACGACGUUAUCAAAGCAACCGUAAUACCUAAGGUGGAAUUCAUCAAGGGAAUACCGCUGGAUUUAGACCAGGAUUCCUUCUUAAAUCCUCGAAUAAGGAACCUCGUCAUCCUAGACGAUCUGAUGUCGACCGCAAGCAAGGACCCUCGUAUUAACGAAUUAUUUACGGAGGGAAGCCACCACAGAAAUUUGUCUGUUAUUGCCAUCAAUCAGAAUCUCUACUACAAUAAAGACCCCACACAGCGGAGAAAUUGUCACUAUUUGAUAUUGUUCAAUAACCCUAUCGAUAAACAACAGAUCAUGACUUUAGCCAGACAGAUGUACCCCGAAAAUGAUCAACACCUGAUGAGAUACUUCAAAGAUGCAACGCAAAAGCCAUAUGGAUAUCUUCUCGUCGAUUUGAAACCAUCAACAUCUGAGUCAUUACGCAUGCGCAGUGACAUCUUGUCUGAGCAGUCUAUAAAAGGACAGAGAGAUCAAACUAAUCAGCAGCAGAAACAGCAAACUCUAGACGAUACACAGCUUCAACAGGAAGAUAUGGCUGCCUGUGACGAUUGUGGUAUCAUGUUCCAAGACAUGCACGAUUUACAGAGACACUUGAAAACCUGGUGUCCAGAAAAUGAUUCUAGGAAAAGGAAACGAGAAUCAAUAGAGGAAGAAGAUGGACCGCAGCCAAAAAGGUGGAUCUCAUAUGAAGAGUCCGAUGAGGAAAGUGGUGAAAGUGAAGAAAAUGAAGUUUUCAAUUCAUUAAUGAAUGAGUCAAGGUCUUCAAAUGAGGUUAAAUGGAAUAAAAAGUAUGAUAAAUACGUAAACGAGGGCAUGUCUGAUGACGAAGCACAGACGAAAGCGAACGAGAAGAUGGAAUCUGAAGACAUGGAGAAAUUUUACCAAAAUUAUAAAGCCAUUAUCCAGUACAUUCUUCAACUGAGAAAUGGUAUGAUCCACGGAAAGAUCAUGGAUGAUGUAACAGAAUUCAUAGACGAUGGAUAUGGAGAUAGUAAAGCGAUCAAGAUGGCACUUAAAAAGAAUCGACAUGUUUUAGAAGAGUUGUGGGAUGAUGAAUCUGAAGAUGAAGAAUCAGAAGAUGACUCCGAAGAUGAUGAAUCGGACGAUGACACCGAAGCAGAUCAAAACUGA